AGAUUUCCUUUUGGUUUUAUUUUUCUUUAGACUGAAGGACUUCCUUUAACAUUUCCUUGAGUGUAUGUCUUUUGGUGAUAAAUUAUUUCAGGUUUCUGGUGAUUAUUUCAGGACUGAAUAUCAGAAAAAAUAUUUUGCCUUUGUUUUUGAAAGAUAUUUUCACUGAGUACAUAAUUCUAGGUUGAUAGCUUUUUUUCCCCAACACUUUUUAAAAAUGUUGCCCCACUGUCUUCUCACUUGAAUUAUUUCAAGUCAGAAACUUACCCUCAUUCUUAUCUUUGCUCCUGUGUACAUAGUGUCUUUUAUCUUCUGGCUGCUUUCAAGAUUUUCUCUUUAUCACUUGUUUUGUGCAAUAUGAUUAGGAUACACCUUGGUUUAAUUUUCUUCAUGUUUCUGGUGCUUGCGGGGAGGUCACUGAGCUCCCUGGUUCUGUGGAUUUAUUAGUUUUUACCAAAUUUAGGGGGAAAAUGGCCCCUAUUUCUUUAAAUAUUUUUUAUGUCUCCUCCCGUCCUCUCUCUCCUCGCCUUUGGGGAUUCCAAUUACACAUAUAUUAGGCCACUUGAAGUUGUCUUGUAGCUCACCAAUGUUCUUUACAUUUCUUUAGAUUCUUCUUUUGUUCCCCCUCUGUGUGUUUCAUUUUGGAUAGUUUUAUUGCUAUGUCUGUGAGUUCAAUCUUUUCUUCUGCCAUGUCUAACCUGCCAUUAAUUCCAUUCAGUGUAUUUUUCAUCUCAGAGAUUAUAGUUUUCAUCCCUAGGCAUUUGAUUCCUUGUGUCUUCCAUGUCUCCACUUAACUUUUUGAACAUAUAGAAUAUGGUUACAGAAGGUUGAGGAGGGCGCUGAGAAGGGCAAGAGGUCUGCCCGCAUCGAAACUAGGAAAAAUAACCAAGAAUGGCUGUGGAAGAACUUCAAUCCAUAAUAAGGAGAUGUCAAAUCCUAGAAGAGCAAAAUUUUAAAGAAGAAGAUUUUGGUCUGUUUCAGUUAGCAGGCCAAAGGUGUAUAGAUGAGGGAUAUACAGAUCAACUGUUAGAAAUUAUUCAAAAUGAAAAGAACAAGGCCAUCAUUAAGAAUAUGGGCUGGAAUCUUGUUGGUCCUGUUGUUCCGUGUCUUUUGUGGAAUAAUAAGGAAGAUGAUAAAAGAAAACAUUAUUUUCUGAUGCUUAAUUUAUUGGUAAAGUUAUGUAAUCCAAAGGAAUUAUUGUUGGGUUUGCUUGAACUGAUUGAAGAACCCUCUGGAAAGCAGAUAUCCCAAAUUAUUCUUCUUUUACUUCAGCCAUUACAGACAGUGAUUCAGAAGCUUCAUAACAACAAGGCAUGUUCAGCUGGAUUAGCACUGUCUACCCUUUGGAAUCAGCUGUCUCUUCUUCCUGUUCCGUACACAAACGAACAAAUACAAACAGAUGACUACGGCCUUUGUCAGUGCUGUAAGGCCUUAAUGGAGUUCACUAAACCUUUUGUGGAAGAAGUCGUUAAUGACAAAGGAAACUCACUGCAAAAUGAAAAGUUAAAGGAUGAAUUGCUGAAAUUUUGUUUCAAAAGCUUGAAAUACCCUUUGCUGACAGCACAAUUCCUCGAACAGCCUGAAGCAGCUGAAAAUGAUCCUUUAAGGUGUUUUACAUCUGAAAUCAUAGGUUUUUUGUCAGCAAUGGGAGACCCUUUCCCCAAAAUGAUUUUUAAUCAUGGAAGGAAAAAGAGAACUUGGAAUUAUCUUGAAUUUGAGGAAGAAGAAAACGAACAAUUAGCAGAUGCUGUGGCUUCUCUGGCAUAUCUAGUAUUUGUACUGGGCAUGGGUAUUGAUCAGCUUCCGCUGGUGUUCAGCCCAUUGUACCUCUUGCAACUUAAUAUGGGGCACGUUGAAGUCUUUUUGCAAAGAACAGAAGAGUCUGUUUUCUCCAAAGGAUUGAAUCUAUUGGAGAAUGGUUUAUUGAGAAUGGAAGACAACAGUCUACUUCAUCAGUAUUUAGAAAUCAAGAGUUUUCUUACUGUACCUCAGAGAACACCUAACAACAAAUGGUUUACAGGACCACAGCUGAUUUCCCUUCUAGAUUUGGUACUCUUUCUCCCAGAGGGUGCUGAAACAGAUUUACUGCAAAACUCAGAUAGGAUCAUGGCAUCAUUAAAUUUAUUGAGGUACUUGGUUAUCAAAGAUAAUGAAAACGACUGUCAUACUGGAUUAUGGACAGAACUUGGAAAGAUUGAGAAUAAUUUUUUAAAGCCACUCCAUACAGGACUUAAUAUGUCAAAAGCAGACUAUGAAGCAGAAAUUAAAAAUAGCCAAGAAAAUAGCCAAGAAGUCCAGAAGUGUAAAGAUCUUUGCUCUCUAACAGUAGGUGGAGAGGAGAUCCCUAACAUGCCUCCUGAAAUGCAGCUUAAGGUACUGCAUUCAGCUCUUCUUACAUUUGAUUUGAUUGAAAGUGUGCUGGCUCGAGUAGAACUCACUGAGAUAAAAACAAAGUCUACCUGUGAAGAAAAUAUUGGGAUAAAGUGAAGGUUCUACCUUCUAAAUAAAAACUAGUAAAAUAUUUUCCAUUAUGACUUACUUAAUACCUUUAUAAAACAUUGUCUAUAAAACAUUCCUGCUAGAAAAAUAAAUACAGCUUUUCUCAUU